CUGCCUGCUCCUGCAGCUGAAUGGACUUCUCUUUGGGCCUACGCCUAGGGCCUCGGAACACGAAAGCUGCCCACCAACAGCCCCCUACACCCUCUGGGCAUGGCCCACUGGCAGCUCCCUCUCCUUGCCUCCCCUGUCCGCUCUCUGUUUGUGCCAGUCCCUGCCCUGGCUGUCCCCCUCCCCCCUGCCCUUGCACUGGCUGUCCCUAUUAUAGAGCCACCUGCCCAUUCUGUCCCAUCCUCCCCGGCCCACCCUGGACCUGCUCUUCUCCUUGCCCUGCCUGUCCUCCCUUGACUUGUCCCCAUACCUACUGUGUCAGCUGCUCUGGUCCACACCCGACCUGCUGCCACCUGUCACCUUGCCCCAUUUACCCUUGUUCCGAGGGCCAAGCUGCCUGUCGGAGCCCCUACUUGGGCUGUAGUGACCGCUGUAGCUGUAGUCGAGGGGCUGCUUGGGUAUCUCAAGGCUCCACUGGCUGCUGCAACUUCUGCUUCAGGGGACAGCGCACUUCUCAGAGGUGCUGUAUGAUAGUCUAGGCAGACUGCUGUUCCCUGAGAAACUGCCAGCCUCCUGGAGCACUUCCAGAACCUUUCUCAGGAGGUCACUUCAGUGGAGGGGGAGAGGGAUCAGCUGGACCCUGUCCCCAGGAAGGAGAGGCAGCUACACAGAGCACCUUCCUACAAGUCCUACUGGGGACAGAGGGCAUCUUCUCUGAAGUUAGUUUCUGGUCUUAUUCCUGCUGGCUCCAGAACCUCCUCAUCUGCAACUUCUAGAAUGGAAAGUGUUCUUCUCAGAGUCGCCCUCGUAACUUCUGAAGGAUAACCAGAUGGUUCUAACUGGUGGAGACAAUUUCACAUUUAAAGAAGAAUUCCAGGUAAUGUGAAAGGAUUAUAGAGUGAGAAAAACCAGCAUUUUACAAUUCUUAGUGAAAUAAUCGAAUCAAGAAUCACACAUGGAUGAAUCAAGGAGGAUGGUUGAUAGAGAACCUUAUGGACAAACCAAGCUGCUGCCACUUAAGCCCAUUGAUGUAUCUCAGGAUCCCUAAAAAAAGGAUACUCAUAGACAUCAUGUAGCUCUGGAUAUAAUGAAAUCUGAAGCAUUCAGCACAACUGAGGAAGGAUUGUUGCUAGAGAAAGAAACAACCAAGGAACUGAACAUGAAUCUACUCAAACCUCUAGUGCUCAUUUCUAUUUAAUGGGAAUCUGGCAGAUGGAGGAACACAUGAAGUGAAUGACAUGAAGAAAUAAGAAGACGUAUCCAAAAUGUGGGACAUCCUGAGGAAAUCCUACAUAAUCUCCUCAAGUAGUCAACAGGCAAGCAAAAUGAGAAAGGACUUAUAAAAACAACUACUGGGAGAGUGGUGAGAUAAGCCCAGUAGAACACUUACACAGCAUGUGCAAGGCCCUGGGUUCAAUCUCCAGUUUUUUGUUUUUUUUUUAAUUUCUAGGUUUGGGGGACAAAAAAAUAUGAUUACUUGCAACAUGUAGACUUCCUUUGGUUUGGGACUGGAGAACCCACUUGUAAAAACACAUUUUCAGACAGUUGGAGACAUUUAAUUGUGGACUGGGUGUUUAUGAUGCCAAGGAAGCAGUGUUAAUUUUGUUAGAUGUAAAAAUGGCCCUGAGGUUAUGCAAUGGAAAGUCUUCAUUUUUUAGAGAUGUAGGUUCAACUAUGGAGCAAAGUUACCUAUUUAAUUUCAGCAGAGGAAACAAACAAACAAAAAAGACCACAAGGACCAAAUGUCACAAAUUCCAUAAUUGUUAAAUUAAGUGGUGGUUUCAUAGAACUAUGGUACCUUUGUGUAUGUUUGAACAUUUUUUUUUUUUUUGUCUUUUUCCUUUUUAUCUGUACCUGGGAUCUAACUCACGACUGCCUGCUUGCAAGGUAGGCGCUUAUGCCGCUGAGCUAAAUCCCCAGCCCCCUCGAACGUUUUUGUAAUAAAAGUUUUAAAUGAA